AUGGAGACGGGCCUCACGUCCAACGCGGUUCUGUUGGAGACAAUCAGCAACGCCACGUCCGUGCCGCUGCAGAGCAUGGCGGUGGUGGACAGCAACAACAAACCGCUGAAGCGGGCCUCCCGCAUUGGUGACGGCGACGUGUACCGCCCGGUGCGUAUCGGCUUCACUACGGCGGCCGAUGCCGCUAAUGUACGCAGCGCCAUCGCGGCGGGUCUCGUGCCGCACGUGCGGUUGCCGGCGACCCCUACCGAAAGCAGCGGCCUCUCGCAGCGCGACAAAAUCGUCAUCGGCUGCACUGUCGGCAUCGGCGUGCCGUUCAUCAUCCUCAUUAUCGUGCUGGUCUGCUGCUCCUGCCGUCGUCGCGGUGGCGGCUUGAAAGGGAACCGGAGUGACGGCAUCGAAUUCUCGAAGCUCAGCCCCAGCAACAAAGACCUCAUCGACUUAGACAUCAACACAACGCGUCUGACGACGGCGCCGACGGUGCCCAUCAAGCAGCAGGGACUACACUGA